AUGCGAGUAUCAACUGGAGCUCUGUCGCUGUUUGUCAGCUUCUGGUGGAUGUUGUGCUGCCCAGUGGCAGUUGGACUCGAGGCUUAUACCUGGCCGAAUCGCCACAUCGAUCUCCUCGAGCACAUGUUGUACGAGCACAGCGGCUAUCAUGUCAACUCGCCUGCCUCUUUCGUCGUUCCCUGUGGCACCGUUUCCUUUGGAGCAGGCAGAAAUGGCCCAGCGGAAUGGAUCAGGACUGCCUACCAUGACAUGGCUAAUGCCGAUGUCCUGGCCGGCACGGGAGGAAUUGAUGCCUCCAUCGGCUUUGAGCUCGACAGGGACGAGAAUCCUGGCAAAGGGUUCAACGAGACUUUAUUCAACUUGCGCGAUUUCAUGACAGCACGGACCUCGAUGGCGGAUCUAAUUGCCAUGGGUGCAUUAUUUGCCGCGGGCGGCUGCUCGGGGGGUAAAGUCUUGCUUCCAUUUCGUGGUGGUCGAGUUGACGCGGUCGGCCCAGGCCUGAAAGGUGUCCCGCGGCCGGAGGAGACACUGGAGAGCCAUGAGGCCGCUUUCGCGCGGCAGGGAUUCAACCAGGAAGAGAUGAUUGGUCUCGUGGCUUGCGGUCAUACCCUUGGAGGGGUUCAUGGCGUUGACUUUCCAGAAAUUGUGGAUGUUUUCAACGAUAUAGCGACUGAUGACAAUACGCAAACAUUCGACAGCACCAAUGAAGGUGAAUCCUCAUUUGACAAUCAAGUUGCUCGCGAUUUCAUCUCAAACAUCGGAAAAAAUCCACUUGUGUUUGGCCACAAUGUGACUGCAAGGUCAGACGCUCGAAUCUUCGAUGCUGAUGGCGGCAAGCUGAUUGGAGAAAUGGCUCAAUCCAACGACCUUUUCUUGAACAAAUGCCAAACCCUCCUAGAGAGAAUGAUCAAUACCGUGCCAAGGGGAGUUACUCUAGGGGGUCCCAUAGAUAUCAUCCCCGUUAAGCCGUCCAGUCUCUAUGCUACAGUCGGCACUAGCCCUGGCAAGAUGACCAUCACCGGCCUCGUUCGACUCAUAUCGCGAGAGAACUCGUGGGAUGCAGACCCAGGCCGAAAGGUCAAGAUACAUCUGCGGCCUCGUUCUGGGGCGGCAUGCUCAGAUGUAUCGCCUUGCACCGUGGCUGAGGCGACAGAGUUCUCCUGGUCUCGAAGUCUGUACCACCAGGCUGGGUAUCCCUACUUCAAGAAGUAUAGAUUCAGCCAGGAAAUAUCGGCAAAGCAAGGCAUUUCCGCUUUCGACGUUGAAGUAGUAGACACGGCGGCGGAUGGAUCGAUCACCACUACGAUGCAUAAAAAUGGCGGCAAUGGAUUUCCUUUUGAGGAUAAGAUUCUAACACAGCCACAAUUGACAUGCAACGGGCAAAAGACAUCCGGAUUAUUCAACCUGACGGUUGCAGUCCGAGAAGAUGCCAGCUUGACGGCGCUAAAGGCCAAGUUCCAGCUUCCGCAGCCUCUUGAUGCACUGGUACCAGUUAUAACAACAAAGUCUACAGAUUUAAUGCGGAUCGGCAGCAUCAAGGACACAGGGUAUACUCUGUUUCAUGCGCAGUACCACUUGCCAGUGGGCACUUACACCUUGACGUAUGAUUUGGUAGCAUCAAACGCUACGAAGCAAGUUCAAAGCACCUUUAACGAGGUUCCAGAAAUUAAGACAUGCCCAGAGAGCGAUGGAAUGGCUUGA